AUAACAUUUACUCCUCAGAAAUCUCCACUCUUGAUAAUGCCGGACAAGGAUGCUGGAACCCCCCGCGUUUUUCUGUACCGUCACGGGGAGACGGAGUGGUCCAAAAGCGGACGCUACACCGGUAUCAGCGAGCUGGAGCUCACAGAACACGGCACCAAGCAGGUUCAGGCAUCCGGUAAGAUUAUUGUUGGUCAAGGCAAACUGAUUGACCCGUCCAAUGUAGCCCAUGUCUUCAUCAGCCCCCGCAAGCGGGCGGUACAGACUUUUGAGAUUGCCUUCAGUGACGCCGACAAGGAGACGUUGAGGCGCGAUAACAAAGUCUCCGAGACAGAGCGACUUGCCGAAUGGGGUUAUGGGCUGUACGAGGGGUUGUUGACUCGUCAGAUCCGAGAGCUACGAAAGGAGCAUGGCCUCGAUACAGAGAGGCCAUGGGAUAUCUGGAGGGAUGGCUGUGAGAAGGGCGAGUCCCCUCAAGAGGUCACGCAUCGUCUGGACAGUCUCAUCCAGGAGAUCCGGGCCAUCCACGCUCCGAAUAUGCACGGAGAGAACCCCUGCGACGUGGUGCUUGUCGCUCACGGGCACUUGCUCCGGGCCUUCACCAAACGUUGGCUGGGCUAUCCCAUGGAGUUCCCCCUCUCUAUGAUGCUGGAACCUGGUGCUGUCGGCGUUCUCAGCUACCAGCAUCAUAGCAUUGAUGAACCCGCCUUCCUAGUUGGAUACGGCUUCCCAUUGCAGGAAUAAUGUUUGGCAAUGCUUAUUACUAAAUAUAUAUUUAUAGACUUAGAGGGUAAAUAGAGUAUCAAACAUGAGUCUAUGUGAGCUGGUGUUUUGUACAGAAACUGGGAAGGCCUCCAGGGAAGCUAGGGUAUUGAAUACUAG